CCAGCCGCGUCCUGCAGGGAGUCCGCGCAGCCAGCCCGGAGGCGGAGCGAUGCUCCCAGGCUCCUAGCUCUUCUCACCUGGGGGCGAGGAAUCCCGGCGGGCGAGCAGGGGACCCUCCCUGGCGCAGUCAGCGGGCCACCACCCCGAAUCGCGGCCCACUUUGGCCCCACGCGGGGCUUGGCCGACGCUCACCAGAAGAGGUCGCCGGCUGACUCUGUGCAAGGAAGGGGUCGCGAGCAGAGCGCAUCUCGGCCGCGGGAGCCGAACCCUGGCGCGGAGCGCGGCUCGGAGGUGGGCCGAGGGGAGCGUCUCAGCGCGGCGCUGCCGGGCGAAACUGCCAAGAUGUGAAAGUGAAAAAAGGACUUAACAACUAACAAUGAUGCCCUUGAACCCCAGUUCCUCAGCCAUCAGAUCAUGCAUUUUGUGCCUCGUGGUGUACAUGAGCCUCAUGUUUGUCACUUCGCAUGAUCUCCCUGGUAAACCUUGUAUUUUAAAGAUGACAUUUCAAAAUUUUCGGCAAAUCCUAUCAUGGAAAUUAAAAAACCAAUCCACUGUGCCAACUCACUAUACAUUAUGGUACAGAAUCGUGAGUAAGCAAGACGAUAUGAAGAUUAUCGAGAGCUGUACAAAUAUCACCACACCAUUUUGUGAUGUAACAGAUGUGUGGGAAGAAGCGUUUGACACUUACAUCGUCAGGGUGGAGAGAUUCAGAGGGAAAGCCACGUUGAUCAACUGCACCAGCACCAUCUGGUCCACCAACAUAUUGUAUGAGCCCCCAGAGUUUGAGGUUGUCGGCUUUACGAACCACAUUAAUGUGAUAGUGAAAUUCCCUCCCACUGCUCCCAAGAUUUAUGGGGAAGAAAUACAGCGCCAUCUAUCACUUGUCAUCAAAGAACAGUCGGGAGAGAUUGUUAAGAUGCACAAACCCAAAAUAGAUGGAAACAUCACUGGAAAUUUCAACUAUGUCAUUGACAAUUUAAUUCCAAACACAAACUACUGUGUAUCUGUUUAUUUUGAGCCUACAGGUCUGGGAACAAGAAUACAACCUCCCUCAAAAUGCACUUUCCUUCGCCUUGACCAGGAAUCAGAGUCAUCCGAAUCUGCCAAAAUAAGUGGGAUAAGCACUGUGUUUUUGGUAGCAUUGGUCUUUGUAAGCACCAUCCUACUACUGAAGCGGAUUGGUUAUAUAUGCUUAAGAGAUAAUUUCCCCAAAGUCCUGAAUUUUCAUAACUUUGGAGCCCAGAGUUUUCCUGGUCUGCCACCAUCGGAAGCAGUGAAUGCAGUGGAGGUCAUUUCUGUUACCAAAAAGAAGAAAGUAUGGGAUUACAAUUAUGAUGAUGAGAGUGACAGUGACGAGGAAGUGGCUCUCAGAAGUAGCGCCGGUGGUUACACCAUGCACGGACUAACGGGCAGGCUUCUGAGUCAGGUCUCGUCCGUCACCUCCCAGGAGCCUGAGAUGGAGGACUCAGAGGCUGAGGAAUCUGACCCAUCUGAGCCUGAGCCCGAGCCCCAGCCCAGGCUCCCUGUAGUGCCAAAGCCCAACCCCUGCCAGCUGGGCCACACCAGUGGGCCCUAUGAGAGGAGAGAGAGCUUGGGCUGCGACUCCUCUCCUGAGGACAACCACAGCUCCCCUGGAGGGUCUGGGGACAGAAUUACCUUCAAUGUGAAUUUAAACUCUGUGUUUAUGAGAGUUCCUGAUGACGAUGACUCAGAAGAAGCCGCUCUGGUGUCAUCUCUUCCAGAAGAGAUCAUCGACCUGGAAGAGGAUCCUCACAAAAUGGAAUCAAGUCUUCUGGUGGCCAGUGGGGAAAGGACACAGCUGACCCACCCCGGCCCCUUUUCCCAGUGUCUGUGGACUGAAGAAGAUACUCUGUCUGAUAGAAGUGAUACUUCUGAUUUUGACGUUGAUUCUGGAAGGGACGGUUAUAUCAUGAGAUGACUCUGAAAAUAGGUCAUUAACUUGAACUGAGGUGUCUACACAGGUUUCUCGGCCUGCACGCAGACGUGUUGCCUUAUGAGUCACACGUGGUCUGUGAGGGAAGGAGCAGGGAACUGUAGCGUCUGGCCAGUUCUUCCUGAUGACAUCAUCUAUGCACCUUCCCAGUGUGGGAACAGUAUCAUCCAGUGCAGUGUUUACAAAUUCAAAUGAUACACUUUGAAGGAGCAUGCUCUGCCCACUCCCUUUAUGCUAAUGUACUUCUUAGGUAUCUGCAUCUUGGUUCCCAGGGAGCAAGAGCCCCUGUGUUGUCCUUCAGGUGAUCUUGUCCCUCUGGCCCUGUAAUGUUUCUGGGAAAUAAUUAAAUUGGGCCAGGUUGGAAGAUGGGAGAGAAAAGGAAAAAUCCUAGCAGGAGCUGUGAGUAGUGUUUAGCAGGUGGAGACCCUGAGCCCAGGAGGCCCAAGGAAUGAGCAAUACACCAGGCAGAAGGGAUGGGUGGAGGUGGGCAGCUGGAGAGGAAGGAUGCAGAUGCAUAAGGAAACAAGGGUCAGCAAAUUUCAGGCAAUGGUCCCUGGGCACCCCUCAGAUGUCAUAUUCUGUCGCCUCCAAGCUGAGAACUCUACUUAGCUGCUCAUGCUGCCCUUCCUGGUUUUAAAAGUGAAAUACAAAUCCAUUAAUAACUGCAGUAUCAGGCAGGUGACUGAUGCAGGACACGUUGCAUGGGGGAGAGGGAUAAAAAUCAUAGUGCCACAUUUUAAGAUUUAAAAAAAGAACAAAAGCAAAAAUGCUUCAAGGUCUUUGGAAGAAAAGUGGCAAACAAGUCUUAGAGAUCCUGUUUGACAAAUGUGAAAGUACUGUGUGUGCUGAUUCCAAAUGUCCUCCGUGGGACCACAGUUACUGUGAGUGGCACAGGGGGAGUGAAAUCCUAGAAUGUCAUGUAUUAAGCACUUAGAGUCAGAGUUCUGACUGCUGACAUUAUGCUUUGUGACUCUGAGCAUUUUAGUUGGCCUCUCGGAGUCUCAGCUUCACUUUUUAAACACAGGGAUUGGACUAAGUAAUCUCCAAGACCCUUUAAAUCUAGAGAAGUAUUGAAAAAAAAAAAAAAAAAAAAAAGGAAUAAGGAACAAAGAGAGAAGUGCAGUGCGCUGACCCUGCCAGGCUUCCCGGAUGGAUGACAGGUUUAAGACCCUCCCAUCUCACUCCCCUUACCCCAAGAGCAGGUUUCUCAGGCCCAUCUCCUAGGCCCAUUCAAACGGGAAAAAGCAAAAGUCAUGCAGGUCUUGGCUCAAAGAUUUUGAAUAGAUAACUUGUGUAAUUGCCGCAAAGUAACUCAAGAGGAAAACCCUUUUUUAACAAUCUAAUGAAAUGCCAUAGGAAAGAGACCUUGUCAUAUACGUAAGCCACCUCUUUGCCUUCUGAGCGUGUUUAUCAUGUUUUGAAAGAUUUCAGAUUGCUCUUUUGAGAUAUCCUCUUUUAUGGUGCUAGUUUGUCACCCCUGGCGCUUAUUUUUAAAAGUUUUGUAUAAUGGUUGGGUGUUGGUAAAGGAAAAUAAUACAAGAAUACUUUUUCGUACAAACUGGGUGUGGCUUCAGGAGUUUUUUCUCAUCCAGGAGUGAUUUGUGCCGCAGAUUUUUUGCUUCUGCUGGCACCUCGGAAUGGCAACAGCUCCCUCGAAAGCGAGAGCGGCCUCUGGCUCCCCGUGCGCACCUUCACGCGGAGUGGAGUGCUUGGGCACAUCGGUCGGGCAGAGCCAUACACCGCCCAACACGUCCGCCUGCGCCGGGAUUUCCAACCUCACUCACCCCUGAGCAAGCGCAGAAAGAGGAAAUUAAAGCCUUUCUCAGUCUUGUGAAAGAAACAAGUUGCUGGGAAAUACAUGACUUGUUUUGCGUAGUUUCUUCUUCCUUCGGGAGCCUUAGGGAAGGCUGGUCUGCUAAC